GCCGUGGAUACAUUGUUUAAGGAAUAUUUAUUCUCGUACCUUUCUUCAUUAUGAGAUUGGUUAAGUGGACAUUUUUCGUGGUUUUAUUACAAACGCUGCAUUUAGUAGCGGGUCUAUUUUACUUUCCAAAAGUUAAAGUUAGCUAUUCACAUCCAAAUGCACGCCAAGAUACCGUUGAAUGUGAACGUGAAACAGUAACAUUUAAUUCAAGUUUUAUUGAAUUUAUGCUCGCCUUCCUUGGGGUCGAUCAAAGUGAAUGUGCCUGUGAUGAUGAUUUGUGUCCGUCAGUGGGGAAAUUUGUAAAACUCUACAUUUAUCGUGCAGAGACUAAUAGCUUCCAAAGACUUUUCUCCAAUGGCUCGAAUGCAUAUUUGAUUGAUCGUAAUCGACCCACAACCGUUUUUGUCCAUGGAUUUUCGGAUAGUUUUCAAUCAAGAAAGAAUUCAUGGAACAAUCAACUGUCUCGGAUUGAAUCUCGUGUAUUGAAUCGUAAUGCAAUUACAUUGGAUUGGGGCAAACUGUCACGGUGUCCAUAUCGACAGGCAACCGAAAACAUCGUACCCGAAGUCGGAUACCAAUUGUACAGAUGGUUGAAUAAUGUGCUAAAAUUGGAUUUGCGAACUCUGCGCUGCGUUGGACAUUCACUGGGAAGUCAUAUAUGUGGCUAUGCAGGUGCUGCAUCGGGAGGUCAAUUUGAGCGUUGCUUUGGUUUGGAUCCAGCGGGCAUUGGAUAUUCCAUUGAUUAUGAUGGGCCGCCACGCGGACUGAACCGAACUUGUUGUCAAUAUGUUCAGGCGAUUCAUACUGAUACGACGAUUGGCUCGCGACAAGCCAUGGGUCACGUUGACUUUUUCCCGAAUAAUCAAACUGGUAUCCAACCACACUGCAACAUUCAAGCCACGGGCUGCUCACAUCAAUCAGUCGUCGAAUAUUACAAGGCCGCACUCGAUCCAAACAAUUUAUUCAUAGGAACUGCUUGCGGUGAACUAUCCCGAUCGAGCCCCGGUGCCUCAUGCAGAUUUGGUGCGCAUACCACAACCGAUUGUAGAAGUGGUUCAUUUUGUUUUGAUACUUCGCCAUGCGCUCCGUACACAUACUUAAUCAGCUAGAUUUAGAAUAUUUUUUAAGACAAU